AUGUUGCCUGUUCUUCGCUCACGUACGGGCUUGACACGUGUUGCUAAUCAAUUAUUAGCUGCUCGUCGUCAACAAGAUGCAUUUCGUGUUCCUGCACAAAAUUCAUCAGCUGUAUCUGUACUUACAGAUGAACAACGUGCACACAAUCUUAAAAUUUGGCCAGGUGUUCCUGAAAGUGUUCGACCAUUACCAAUUGAUUAUUGCCCAAUUGAUCCAUUUGAAUAUGAUAAGAUCUCUGAUCAAUUUAGCUCACAAGUUAAAAUGUGGAAAUGGUUAUCUUUAUUAGUUGCUAUACCAGCUGUUGCUCUAUUAACAUAUCUUAAUUUAGUCGUACCACAAGACCAUGUACGUCCAGAAUUUAAAGAUUGGGAUCAUUUACGACCAAAAAUGAAAUGGCCAUUCUUAGAUGGAAUUCAUUCACCAUUUCAUAGUAAAUGGUUUAAUGCAAUUCAUUAUGAUGGCAAAGGUUAUGAAACAACUGAUGCUGAAUUUGAAAAAGAAUUUCAUGGCCAUGGUAGCAAACAUUAG